AUGCACUGCACGAGGAUGGGUGAGACUUGGUAUAUUAUCGAGAGGGGAUCUUGUAUGCGGAGUUACGGUAAAAUACAGCGUUCUGCUUGGCAGGGGUGGCGGAUCCAUAACACUAGCGUCACGUAUCGUAAGAUCGCCAUGACGCGCAUCUCCUCUUCCCCAGAAUACUCCGUACCGAUUCCCGCAUCAGAACCCCCCUCGAGCCAGCCCUUUGCGGCGACUCGGAAAAGAAUCGCCGCCAUGUCGUCGCGACAAGAGCCGUCGAGUCCUUCCCUUCUCUCGCCAGCCGCCUACGACGAGGAUGUCGCUUCGCUGCGAUCGCUUUCGGAGCAGGACUCCGACUCGGAAGACGAUGAGCUUUUGCGGCGCUCCCGGUCGACUCUGGAGCUUGCGGAACAUGAUCGAUCAGUCCUGGAAGAAGAGGAGGAGACGGAAAAGCUGCUUGUCAGAACAGGUCCGGCUGUCGGGCUUCGCCGAAUCUUCAGCCCGACCAGCGGUACUGUCCGCAUAGGCAAAAGGGAGCGGAGGAAACAACGAAGAAGGUCGGAGCGGGAAAAGGGUCGCGGCAAGCCCUACCAGGAAGGGGAUUUGAUGUUUGAGAUGGAAGAGGGGUUUCGUGGAGAUGACAGCACCCAGAGCAGUACGCGGGCGUCUUCGUUGGAGCUUGACCGUUUGGCAUUGGAUGGGUGGGGAUAUAAGUCAAAAUGGGCGAUCUGUACUCGGUAUACGCUGAUUUUCUCCGCGAUUGUCGUUCUCUUCCUCAUCAUCGUUUUGGGUGCAUAUAAAGCGUCUGGCGAUUUCCGGUCCUCUCGCGUCCAGAAACCCCUCCUGUCCAACGGCACGGCUCUCUUUGCGCCAACGACCAUAUUGAUUUCGCUGGACGGAUUCCGCGCUGAUUUCCUGAAUCGGGGGCUUACACCGACUCUUAACUCGCUCAUCGCGGAAGGCGUCUCACCAAGAUACAUGCUUCCCAGCUUCCCUAGUGUCACAUUUCCGAAUCACUUCACCCUUGUCACUGGCCUCUAUCCGGAAAGUCAUGGGAUUGUCGGUAACAGUUUCUGGGAUCCUACAUUUCAAGAAGAGUUUGUUGUCGAACCGCAUGUUGUCUCGCAGCCGAAGUGGUGGAAGGCUGAGCCGGUCUGGGUUACAGCUGAGAAGCAGGGCGUUCGCACCGCGAUACACAUGUGGCCUGGGUCGGAAGCACACAUUGGUGGUAUUGACCCGUCCUUUUACGAUAAAUUUAAUGGCUCAGAAACAUUGUCACGGAAAGUCGAUCGGAUCUUGCAAUUUCUAGACCUGCCUGGCGAGGAGAGCGACUUCGAGGAUGAGAAGAAACGACCGCAGUUGAUAGCUGCCUAUGUGCCGGACGUGGACGCUGCCGGUCACAAGUAUGGCCCCAACAGUACCGAAAUACGAAGCACCAUCGCCAGCGCGGAUGAUAUGCUUGCUAGCCUCCUCGAUGGACUGCAGGCGCGGAAUCUGACCGAUAUCGUCAACAUUGUCGUCGUGUCUGAUCACGGAAUGGCCACGACGUCUACCAGGAGACUGGUUCAACUGGAAGACUUGGUUGACCUGGACUUGGUCGAGCAUAUUGACGGAUGGCCACUGCGAGGGCUGCGUCCGAAACGGCCAGAGGAUCUGCAGAUCCUCCAGAGUCAGCUUGCCGAAAGAGCCAAGAAUUUCUCCGAUGGCAUCGAAGUGUAUACUCGGCAGACGAUGCCCGAGCGCUACCAUUUUUCGAAGAGCGAACGCAUAGCCCCGUUGUGGGUGAUUCCCAAGACGGGUUGGGCGGUGGUUGAACGACCUGAAUUCGAUGCCAAGGAGGCUCUCAAGACGGGUAGAGUCUACACUCCGCGGGGCAUCCACGGAUACGAUAACGAACACCCGCUCAUGCGAGCUAUAUUCAUCGCGCGGGGGCCUGCUUUUCCUCACCAGCCCAACAGCCGGUUGGAGGUUUUCCAGAAUAUCGAAGUCUACAAUAUUAUCUGCGACUCCAUUGGGGUGAAGCCGCUUCCGAGCAAUGGGACCCUCCGUCUUCCUUUGCAGCCAGUCGGCUUGCACGACAACGAAGACGCCCCUGUUCUCGACAGCCCAGCAGAUCCUCCUACGAGUGGAGUGGGUCCAGAGCGUCCGGGUCCUAUAACACCUGAUCCCUCGUCUACGAUGCCUCAGUCUCCUGGCUCGUCGGACAACAGUCCGGAAGACGCUGACGCGAAGCCUACUUCAUGGUGGAGUCAGGCGAAGGAGACUUGGGAGUCAUUCAAGGAGUGGGUCAGUGAAUUAAUCCAAGCGAAGAAAGACAACCGACCACCAUCGUGA